CCCCAACGCAAUAGAUGUUACAUCUUCCUCGAUUUGGCAUUUGGUAGCGUUCCUUAUCGAUCUUGCGUUUCGUCUAGGAUCAGCUAAGUUUUCUUUUCCUUUCUGCUUUCUUUCUCUCUCUUUAUAUUAUUUCGUCGAAAUUUCGUUUUAAGACAUUCUUAAAUCCUAGAUCUGUCUUAAAUUAGGGUUUUAUUUUUAAUUUUUUGUCUUUUAUUCGAUUUGGGUGAUGCAAAUCGGGAUAUUAGGGUUCUCUUAAACAGCACCCAUGAUUCUUGAUUUUCUAUGAGUUAUUUGAUCCUCAUGAGGAGAAUUCGACUUUUUCACUCUUUCUCGGUUGCAUUUCUUUACUGGUUUUAUGUUUUCUCAUGAAGUAAUUCUCAAGUAUCUCUCGUGACUCAAUAUUCUGAUCUCCAAUUCAAUCAAUACUGUUUUCUUUCCUCUAACCCUCAAUUCUCAAUUGUAAUUAACAACUAAUUUUAAUAAACAACCAUUUCACUGUAAUUAACCAAAAACCACUCUAGAGCAAUGGGCUCAGUUCAGAAACAAACAAAUUCCGGUUCCGACAGCGACCCUCGAUAUGCCCAGAUCGACGAGAGGAAAAGGAAGAGGAUGAUAUCAAACCGCGAAUCGGCUAGGCGUUCAAGAAUGAGGAAACAGAAACAGAUGGAGGAUUUGGUUAAUGAAAUAAGCCAAUUGGAGAACGCCAAUGCUAUGCUUAGACAACAUAUCGCUGCUAGUACCCAACGAUACAUUGAAUUGGAAUCUGCAAACAAUGUCGUGAGGGCUCAAGCUAUGGAACUGACAGAUCGUUUGAGGUCUUUGAACUCUGUGCUGCAGAUCUGGGGCGAAAUUAGUGAGCUCAAUGUGGAGAUUCCUGAAAUACCAGACCCGCUUAUAAAUUCAUGGCAGCUCCCUUGUCCUGGGCAGCCUAUCACGGCCUCUGCCGAUAUGUUUCAGAUGUAACAUCGAUUUAUCUUGUUUGUUGCUGGGUUUGUCAUCGUUAUACGUCCGUUCUAGGUCUUUAUCUGUUGUCGUGUGAAGUUAAGAUUGAUGCCGGUAAUGUUUUCUUUUCGAAUAAUUGUGCCAGGAACUUGUUAUGUUAGUGAUGUAUCAUGUAUGUUAUAUUUCUGUUUCCAUCCAUUCCGCAAUGUAAUGCGCCUUGUUCUGCUCAUUUUCUUUUCCCCUUUACAUGUAAUGUUAUAAUUUGUAUUGAGUGUACAUUUAUAAUGGCUUUUCAGUUAAA